AAUCAAAAAACAGCAUUCAGUGGAAGUAAGUUAUAGGAGUAGGUGCUGGCUGCAAUACAAAAGAAGUCAUAGACAGGCUGAGGUAUCUGGAAGCUGAAAUUGAAGAUUUAGAGCUAAAAGAAAAAGAAUUGGAUCAGCAGAAACUGUGGCUUCAGCAAAGUAUCAAGAAUGUCAUGGAUGACUCUACAAACCACCAAUUUUCAUAUGUCACCCAUGAAGAUAUCUGCAACUGUUUCAAUGGAGAUACACUUCUAGCAAUUCAAGCACCUUGUGGUACGCAGUUAGAAGUACCUAGACCUGAAAUGGGACAGAAUGGACAGAAGAAAUACCAGAUCAAUCUUAAGAGUAAUUCAGGACCUAUCCAUGUGCUGCUUAUAAAUAAAGAAUCAAGCUCCUCCAAGCCCAUGGUGUUUCCAGUUCCUCCACCUGAUGACCUUGCACAGCCCCCAUCUCAGCCUGCAGCUCCAGUGACUCCACUUAAACCAGCUGCAGCUCCUCCAAAUCCCCCAGAACAUGACCCGAACCAAGGACAGCAGUUACCACAAACAGAAGUUGCAGACACACCAUCAGAUGGCAGUGCCUAUCAGGACAAUGCAGCCCCUGCAGCUCCCUACUCCAGCCUUCCGGAGCCAGAGCUCUACCCCAGCCUGUCUGGAGACAGUGCCCAAGCCUCAGCCAGCUCCAGUGACUAUCAGAGCUUGCUGCCUCUGGAUGUCAGCUGUAUUCUGAAGCCAAACUCAUUUGACAUUGCAAAGAUGGAGGAGCCUGCAGGAAAUAUCAGUGGAGAUAUUAUUGAUGAACUCAUGUCUUCUGAUGCCAUGAGUGCAGCACUGAACCACAGCUGCUACAGAAUUCAUGUGCUCCCAGCCUCUGCCACUCUCACUGAGAUGCCAGGCAAGGAGGUGAACUCGACUCAUUUUGUUCCUGUGUGUUCUGUAAGACCUGGAAUAAUAUCUGCCCCUCAAGUAGACGACCUCGGGGCUCAUCCAGAAAGAGACAAGUGGUUAUAAGAUCCAAGGGGCAAGAUGGGAUUCUGUGAACAUGCCAGUGUAUGGUUAACAUGGAAACAGCCUCCACUUCUAAAACAGGGAUGGCAUGCCCAGCUCAUGUAUACUGUUAGUUCCUACAGUGCAGACUGAGAGCUGAGGCUUCUCUUCUUGCAUUCCCCCCCCCAAAGACAGCUUCAAGUCCAUGCUUGAAAUGCAGUGUACAAAGUGCUAGCCUCCAUUUCCCUUUCGUAAAAAUAGAGAUAAUAUUAAGUUCCUUACUUAUUUGAAGGCUGAUACAUGCAAUAUUGUAACAAGACAAUGGAAUACAAAUAUAGAAUAUGGCUUUCUGGUUGAAGUUUUCAAAAGCUGCUCAGGAACUCCUUUGCUGUAGAAGAAAUUAAAUCCAUGUUCCUCAGCUAUCGCUCCACUUCAGGAAACUGACUUAAAAUACCAAGUAAAAAAAUGGUAGAUACAUCACUUACUGCCUUAGUUUGAACGCAGUACAGAUUUUCACAGUAUGUAUCCUAGUGAGCUUGUCAGAUUAUCAAGACUGUUUUAAUUAUUAAGACUAACCCUGAUGACAAACAUACUGAAUUAUGAUAGGCUGAUUUUCCAAAAGUGUUUUAAUUUAAACUAAACUAUUCCUGCUUUACAGUUUUUCCUCUCUUACGACUCUCUCCUACUCCCGGAGAUGACUACAACUUUAACCUGGAUGAUAAUGAAGGAGUCUGUGAUCUCUUUGAUGUGCAGAUACUAAAUUAUUAGAUAUUGUGUCAACCAGACUACUUAUCUACCUCUAACUGUAACAUUCUAGACUUCUUCAUAACCUAAGUAUUUGAAUAAUGAAUGUAUAAUGUCUUAGUUCACUGACUCUGGGAGUAUGUUUCCUUUUACUUCCUUUAACUACUUCACAAAACAAUUCAAGAACAAGAAAAAAAGGGCUCAUCAAAAAUUCUGGCACUUUUUCACCUGAGUGUUUUUCUGUCUAAACCAAUUGUCUGGAGCUUUCUUUAGUAAGAAAAGUAAAAAUACUUCAUAGCCUUUUGAUCAUUAAAAAAAAAUUAUUAGGCUUCUUGCUCACAGUUAACAGCAUUUUCUUUGAAGCUUUACUGCCAAGAAGCUUUUGUAUAUUCUUUCUUAAUUUUUCAAACAACUUUGAAGCAUUCACUGCCAAGUUGAAAAGUGAAGGAUAUCAACUUGAGUUAUGCUAAAUUGUUUCAGUGAACCAAUUUUGUGAAGUGCCUUCUGUUUUAGCACUUUAAGUUUCUCACACUGACUUCUGACA